UCUGGAUUGAGACGAAACAGCUAUGGCACAUAGUCGGACCUUCCAUCUUCAGCCGUGUCGCUUCCUUCACCAUGAACAUUAUCACACAAGCCUUUGCCGGCCACCUCGGCGACGUCCAGCUCGCCGCCAUCUCCAUAGCCAACACUGUCAUUGUCGGCUUCAAUUUCGGCCUCUUGCUGGGUAUGGCUAGCGCGUUAGAGACGCUUUGCGGCCAAGCUUUCGGCGCUAAGAGAUACGAACAGCUGGGAAUGUACCUGCAGAGAUCGUGGAUCGUUCUGUUCCUCUGGUGCUUCUUGCUGCUUCCGUUUUACGUAUUCGCAACGCCAUUGUUGAAGCUUCUAGGGCUGCCUGAUGAGGUAGCAGAGCUGUCGGGAGUGGUGGCUUUGUGGCUGAUCCCUCUCCACUUCAGCUUUGCGUUUCAGUUUCCGUUACAGAGAUUCUUGCAGAGCCAGCUCAGGACGCAGGUACUGGUGUGGGUAUCUUUUGUGGGGCUGGGCGUGAAUGCCGCAACAUGUUGGCUGUUUGUGCACGUGUUGGAAUUUGGAGUGGUGGGUGCCGCCAUUGCGCUUGAUAUUUCUUGGUGGGUGUUGGGAUUAGGGCUUUUCUGGUAUACGACGUCGGGUUGGUGUCCGGCGACGUGGACUGGUUUCUCUCUUGAGGCGUUUGCUGGACUUUGGGAUUUCGUCAAACUCUCUUUUGCUUCCGGCCUCAUGUUAUGCUUGGAAAACUGGUAUUACAGGAUACUGAUAUUAAUGACAGGACAUUUGGAAAAUGCAACACUAGCUGUGGAUGCCUUAUCAGUCUGCAUGACUAUUAAUGGGUGGGAAAUGAUGAUCCCCUUGGCUUUCUUGGCUGCUACCGGAGUAAGGGUAAGUAAUGAACUAGGAGCAGGUAAUGGGAAAGCAGCAAAAUUUGCAACGGUGGUGGCUGUGAUCCAAUCGACGUUGAUCGGAGUUAUAUUCUGCGGAAUGAUCGUGAUAUUCCGGGACAAGCUUUCUUUCAUUUUCUCUUCCAGUCCCGACGUGCUUCGAGAAGUUGACCAUCUCGCUUUCCUAUUGGCUGUCACCAUUCUCCUCAACAGUAUCCAGCCAGUUUUAUCAGGAGUUGCUGUGGGCUCCGGGUGGCAAGCGUCGGUUGCGUACGUAAACCUGGCCUGCUAUUACGUUAUCGGCCUUCCUCUCGGGGCUGUAUUGGGCUGGGUUUUCAACAUGGGUGUUGUGGGCAUCUGGGGAGGAAUGAUCUUUGGUGGCACUUUUAUUCAAACUGUGAUAUUGGCCAUCACAACCAUAAACUGCGAUUGGGAAAAACAGGCUGAGAAGGCUAGAGCGAGAGUCCAGAAGUGGUCAACCCCCUAA